AUGCCCACCACCAGAUCAAAGAGAAGCAAAAGGACGAAGAAGCAGGCCUUCCACAACAUAUUUAAGGCCGAGGAUCGCGACACCUUAUUGAAACACGUAUUCACCACCAUGAAGGCAUCCCUGGAAGAUGUGCAGGGGAAAGUCAAAGAGUGGACUGGAAAAUGGAUAUUACCUUCGCUUGAGGAGUUAUCAGAUGAUCAAGAAAACAGGAUUAUCACUGAGCUGGAAGGAGUUUGCCUGCAGGAAGACUGGGACAUUCUUCAAAGCGAGCUUUCUGUGUCCUCUCGCGAGCAUUUUGGGAGGGCCGUGGCCUAG